AUGGAAGUCAUUGAAGAAAACUCGCAAGAAGAUGAAAAUUUGGAAGAUCAAAGGGAAAGGACAUGUGUAAUUGACUUAGCAACUAAUCGAUAUGAACACCCACGCGAACUUCUUCGUCGUGCAAAUACUAAUUGUGAAAGGGAAGAAGGGGAUCCAAGGAAAGGACAAAUGAUAUUACAUGGUAGAGAAAUGUUGAGAGACGAAUAUGAGCGCGAACGAGAGAUUGCAUGUGCGAGAGGCAAUGAAGAAAGACUUGACAGAGUACAAAUUGAAGCAAAUACUGAAAGGCGUAGGCGAAGAAGAGAGGAAACUGAACAGCAGGAGAUACAAGAGGCAAUACGCCAAAACAAUCAUGAGAAUAAAUUGAAACAAGCAAGAUUAAAGAGACCCAUGCGAGAGGAUUUGGAUAAAUCAUUAAGCGAAGAAAUUCUUAAGGAGAUGGCAUAA